AUGGCUUCGCCCCCGGCCGUGCUCAAAGCCACACACUGGCUUAUAUUCAAGAAGCCUCCCGCCCAGGAACGAUUCAAGAUGGGCAGCGCUCACCGCGCGCAGCCGUUCAGCCAUCACUACGAUGAACCUGCCUUGAUGAAAGGAACAGCAGUGCACCUCCCCGGGGAAUCCUUGGGUGGGGAGAAGAACAGGAAGAAAGGCAAGCAUGGGACGGCGUGUGGUGCAUACCCCUACACUGGCGGUGCUGGAGGGGGCGGUGGGUGUGCGGCUCCGACGAAUAUGGCACCACCUAGAGCGUGUGCUGCUACUUACUCAUCUAGAAAGGGUGGUGGUGAUUCAGGAGGCGGUGGUUGUGGUGGUGGAAGCAGUGGUGACGGAGGUGGUGGUGACGGAGGUGGUGGUGACGGAGGUGGUGGUGACGGAGUCAACUCGAAGCUCUUGCUGGGUGCAUAUGUUGACCAGAAGAUACCAUGUAUAUAUGAUAUAUAUCUAGAACAUAGCAUUGAUCUUCAAGUAACGCCAAUGCUUCAUCACGCUGCCUGCGCGACAGAAGAUAGGUACAUUGGAAAGCGUCAAAGGAUCACACUUGUGAAUACGUUAGUAAAAGGAGGAAAGCUCGUCUUCUCCCGUUUGAUGACUCCGUACAAAUAA